CAAAGUCUCCGUUGACGUCCGCAGCACAUGGACAGCGACUCCAGCGACAUCUACGGCACCUUCGACGGCCGCCAAGUGAAUGCCGAUGCAUUGCCAAGCCUUCCAUCCACUUCGUCUCUCAAGUCUUCGCUGUUUCGCGUCGCGGGGCUCGCUGGUGUGCUGCUAGUGGCCGGGUACGAGACGUCCAGCGGCUUCCAGACGCUGCAGAGCGUGAAUUCAGCCGCCGCUGGGGACAGUCCGUUGCUCCAUAGCGUGGCACUCGAGACGGAGCUGAACGACGUGGAGCGGCAACUUGUCGAUGGGGUGGACGCUGAGCGUAUCCGCGAGUAUCUUCACGUGUACUCGCGCCAGCCGCACAUUGCCGGCUCCAAGGCGGACUACGAGACGGCGCUGUACACUGUGGAGAAGCUCAAGUCCUUUGGGAUCAAGACGGAGAUCAAGGAGUACUACACGCUGCUGUCCACGCCAGUGCGUCGUCGUCUCGCCAUCCUCGAGCCGCAAGAAGCCGCCCAGGAGCUGGAUUUGACCGAGGGCUCAGUGGCAGUAGACGCCUGUACGACGGAUGCCACUGCAGAGCCGCCCUUCUUGGCGUACUCGCCAUCGGGCAACAUGACGGCGUCGGUCGUGUACGCGAACUACGGUACGCAGCAGGAUUUCCAGUGGCUGGUGGACCAAGGGAUCGACCUCAAGGGGAAGAUCGCGCUGGUUCGCUAUGGGACCAACUACCGAGGCCUGAAGGUGCUAGCGGCGCUGGAACACGGCAUGGCGGGGGUGCUGAUCUACUCUGAUCCGUUAGAUGACGGGUACAGCAAGGGCCCCGUGUACCCUGAAGGUCCGUGGCGGCCGGAGAACUCGUUCCAGCGUGGGUCAAUCUACAACGAGUGUGGAGAUCCCCUGACUCCUGGGUGGGCGUCGGUUCUUGGUGCUAAGUACCUCAAGUAUGAAGAUGUCAAGACGAUCCCGCACUUGCCGUCGCUGCCGCUGUCAUACGGCCAGACGAAGCACAUUCUGAAGGCCUUGAAGGGCCAACAAGCGCCUGCGAGCUGGCAGGGAGGCCUGUCGUUCCCUGAUGGCUACCACAUUGGUGACGAUGGCUCCACGGUGGUGAACUUGGACUUGGAAAUGGACAACUCAAUUGGUCCCAUUUGGGACGUCAUCGGCACUAUUGAGGGCGCUGAGGAGCCGGAAAAGCAGGUCAUCCUGGGCAACCACCGUGACGCGUGGGUGUGCGGAGCCAUCGACCCCAACAGCGGCACGUCGGUACUUGUGGAGCUAGGACGCGUGUUCGGGGAGAUGCUGAAGACUGGAUGGAGACCCAAACGCACGAUCGUCCUUGCGUCGUGGGAUGCCGAAGAGCAGGGACUUAUCGGCAGCACCGAGUUCGUCGAGGAGAACGCAGAGCAGCUGAAAGACGACGCCAUCGCCUACCUCAAUGUCGACACAACACUAGGCCCUCUUGCAGGAGCCGGUGGGUCGCCAUCGAUCGCCAAGCUCCUCUUCCAGACUGCGAACGCCAUCCCAGCCAACGCUUUCGGGGGCGUUGCAGUCGAACAGAAGACGCUGUACCAGCAGUGGCUCGCUCAAACGGAGUCCUACCGUCUCAGCAACGCCACCAGCGGCACCAUCGGCCCAGACCACCUCCUGACUGUGCUGGGGACUGCGAGUGACUUUGGAGCCUUCUGCCACCACUUAGGCGUGGUGUCUGCCAACAUCGGCUUUAACCUGCCUGGAGCGUACGGCACCUACCACAGCACCAUGGACAGUAUCAUGUACUCGGAGCUGUUCGCGGAUCCGGACUACAUCUCGCACGUGACAACUGGCCGCUGGUGGGGGCUCCUGGCUCUGCGUCUCGCAGAUAACGCCGUGUUUCCGUUCGAGUUCUCUACGUACGCGUUCGUGAUGAAUGAGGCUGUGACGUCGUUCGAGGCAGCGUUGGAGGUCGAAGCGGAGCGCUACCAUGGAGUUGAUACCGUCGACUUCACCGAGCUACGUCGAGCUAUUGCGAAAUUCGACGCCAACGUCCAGGAAUUUCACGAAAAGCUGGACGAGUUGCAACCUGGAUCCGACCUCAGCUACUGGAACGAGAAGCUCAUGUACUUGGAGCGCCACCUUACGCUGGAGUCUGGUCUACCACAUCGUGGCUGGUACAAGCACGUGGUGUUUGGCCCUGGAUUCUACGAUGGCUACGGAGGCACAGCGUUCCCGGGUCUGGCGGACGGCAUCGCCUUCCACGACAGUGCGGAGGUUAUUCAGGCACACGUCAACGACGUGGUGAAGGUGCUGGAUGGUGCUGCCGAGUUCCUGUUAUCCGAGUAG